GCAAAAAAGUAUGGUAACAUUUAAGGUGGAAUUUAAAGCAACAAUAGCAUGGUCACAUUUAAGGUGGAGAGAAACAAAAGUAUGGCCACAUUUAAAGUGGAGAGAAACAAAAGUAUGGUUACAUUUAAGGUGGAGAGAAACAAAAGUAUGGUUACAUUUAAGGUGGAGAGAAACAAAAGUAUGGUUACAUUUGAGGUGGAGAGAAACAAAAGUAUGGUUACAUUUGAGGUGGAGAGAAACAAAAGUAUGGUUACAUUUAAGGUGGAGAGAAACAAAAGUAUGGUCACAUUUGAGGUGGAGAGAAACAAAAGUAUGGUUACAUUUAAGGUGGAGAGAAACAAAAGUAUGGUUACAUUUAAGGUGGAGAGAAACAAAAGUAUGGUCACAUUUAAGGUGGAGAGAAACAAAAGUAAUGUUACAUUUGAGGUGGAGAGAAAGAAAAGUAUGGUUACAUUUGAGGUGGAGAGAAACAAAAGUAUGGUUACAUUUAAGGUGGAGAGAAACACAAGUAUGGGCACAUUUAAGGUGGAGAGAAACAAACAUAUGGUCACAUUUAAGGAGGAGAGAAACAAAAGUAUGGUCACAUUUAAGGUGGAGAGAAACAAAAGUAUGGCUACAUUUGAGGUGGAGAGAAACAAAAGUAUGGUUACAUUUAAGGUGGAGAGAAACAAAAGUAUGGUUACAUUUAAGGUCGAGAGAAACAAAAGUAUGGUUACAUUUAAGGUGGAAACAAACAAAAUUGUAGUCACAUUUAAAAAACAAGAGCUAAUUCCCAGGAAUCUUUUGUCUGAGUAUGUAAUGAAGGCUUUCAAAGUCUGUUAAUUGCUGUUUAAUAUGGGCAAUACAUAUAUUAGCUUUCAAAAUUACUUUUUUGUGUGUUGACCACUGUCUAAAGGAAGC